UGAAGUGUAGUAGUAGUAGCCACUCCAACUUUUCCGCCGUCGUCGUCGGAGAAUAAAACAUCAGAGCGAGGAGGUGACUCAGAAGGAAGGUUGAGGGCGAUGGAGAAAGUAAAGAUUGAAGAAAUACAGUCCACCGCUAAGAAACAGCGGAUUGCUACUCACACUCAUAUCAAAGGCCUCGGCCUCGAGCCAACCGGGAUUCCUAUACCAUUGGCGGCUGGAUUUGUCGGUCAACUCGAGGCUAGAGAGGCAGCUGGUCUUGUUGUCGACAUGAUCAAACAGAAGAAAAUGGCUGGCAAGGCUCUUUUGCUCGCUGGACCUCCCGGAACCGGGAAAACUGCUUUGGCUCUUGGAAUAUCCCAAGAGCUGGGAAGUAAGGUUCCCUUUUGUCCAAUGGUUGGAUCUGAGGUUUACUCAUCAGAGGUUAAGAAAACUGAGGUUCUCAUGGAGAAUUUUAGACGUGCCAUUGGCCUACGUAUCAAGGAAACCAAAGACGUCUACGAAGGAGAGGUUACGGAGCUGUCCCCAGAAGAGACUGAAAGUCUUACUGGAGGUUAUGGCAAAAGCAUCAGUCAUGUUAUCAUUGGACUCAAGACAGUCAAAGGAACCAAACAACUUAAGUUGGAUCCCACUAUCUACGAUGCCUUGAUUAAGGAAAAAGUAGCUGUGGGGGAUGUUAUAUACAUUGAAGCAAACAGUGGAGCUGUCAAGCGGGUGGGUAGAAGUGAUGCUUUUGCCACUGAGUUCGACCUGGAAGCAGAAGAAUAUGUUCCACUUCCCAAGGGAGAGGUUCACAAAAAGAAAGAGAUUGUGCAGGAUGUGACGCUUCAAGAUCUGGAUGCAGCAAAUGCUCGACCUCAAGGUGGGCAGGAUAUACUUUCUUUGAUGGGCCAAAUGAUGAAACCCCGGAAGACUGAGAUCACUGAUAAGCUGCGCCAAGAAAUUAACAAGGUUGUUAACCGUUAUAUAGAUGAAGGUGUUGCAGAACUCGUUCCCGGAGUUCUAUUUAUCGAUGAGGUUCAUAUGCUUGAUAUGGAGUGCUUUUCUUACUUAAACCGUGCGCUGGAGAGCUCUUUAUCUCCAAUAGUGAUAUUUGCAACAAAUAGAGGAGUCUGCAACGUUAGAGGGACUGAUAUGCCUAGUCCACAUGGAGUCCCUAUCGACUUGUUGGAUCGGUUGGUGAUUAUCAGGACUCAAAUCUAUAAUCCCUCUGAAAUGAUACAGAUUAUAGCCAUUCGUGCGCAAGUAGAAGAGCUAACGGUGGAUGAAGAAUGCUUGGUCCUACUUGGGGACAUUGGGCAAAGAACAUCUCUAAGACACGCUGUUCAGCUGUUGUCUCCUGCCAGCAUCGUGGCGAAAAUGAGUGGACGUGACAAUAUCUGCAAGGCUGAUAUAGAGGAAGUAACAUCACUCUACCUUGAUGCCAAAUCUUCAGCAAAGCUUUUACACGAGCAACAAGAAAAAUACAUCUCAUGAGAAACCCUAAUCGAAUGUCUUAUCAAAAGAUUUGCAUGUGUGCUCUGGUUGCUUCUCUUUCUAGCUAUUUUGUAAUGCAUGUGACGAUGGAGAAAUCUUAAAUUUGAUGGGAGAGAAUUGGCUUCUCUGAGACCAGAGUGGUGGUGAUUCGGAUGUAUCUUCAGUGUAAGCCUUGGUUAUUUACCUACAUUAGUUGAUCUUUGAGUUUCCUGGUUCCAAAUAGAUCUAGACCAAUUCUUCAAGAACAAACUUGUAAAAAAGUCUAUUAUCAAAAGAUAUUACUGGGAA